AUGGAGCCACGGAACGUGGAGGAAUGGUUCGAUUUCACACCAGAUCUGUUGUUGGACGACAGCUGGGUGGAGGUGGACAUUGCAGAGCAUUCGGCUAAAGCUGCCAUAUACCAUUCCGAAUGCCAGUGGGGUGGUCAUUUGGUCAAAUUCGUGCUGAGCGGUGUGGUUGUUCGCAACCCGCCCCUGAUUAAAAGCCAUGUCCUGGUGCGACCAGAAGUCAGGGCCCUGCAUGAGAACGCGGCGGAGGCUGUCUUCGCACCCGAAUUGCUGGAACUGCACGAUCCUGGCACUACCACUCUGCAACAGUUUUCCUCCUGGGGUUUGCUUCGCCUGGGCAGUCUGCUUUUUGCCGAUCUAGAAGCACCAUUCCGGAAGAAUUCGAGUGAUUUGCGGUGCUCGUCUGCUGCAAGCUAUCAGAACCUCCGGCGUGACUAUCCGGAUUUCGGUGACAGCGCGUUAUCUUUCUACCAGGAUGGAGUCGGUCGUGCUGGUUUGUUGGUGUGCCAUCCGUGUGAAGAGGAUGGCAGGUUUGAUGUGAUUGGCGUUUUCAAUGUGCCACAUGAGAAGUUCGUUUAUUGGUCUGCAAUUCACUUCAAUCUUGUCUUGGAGUCAGCGCAAAGAGUCGCAGACAGAUUCUUGAAUGGUCCGAGCAUUUCCACGAUGCGUGAGAGUGAUGAAUCGUUUUACAUGGUUUUGACGAUACAGAGUUGCAAGCGUGGCUUGCCUCUGGUCCCUUUGGUUACAGACGAGCUGCCAACGACCACAAUCGUUGCAGGAGAACGCCUUGGUCUGGAUCGCUGGAUACGUUUCAACCCGGAGUCGGUUGGCAGCUCCAAGUUCUACCUGUCGGAGUACAUCAAAGUAUUGCUGUCCAAUGUUGGGGAGAAUAUUGACGCCUACAACUCCAUGGAUGGACGUACUCUCAUGCCCUAUCAGUGUGCCGUACGCCGUGAGCAGUGGAUUUCAUUGAGGACACGAUUCAUUGAAGUCUUCCUCUUGCAGAAAACUGCUUACCGGCGUGCCAAUGGCGGGUCCACAGCACCAAGCAUGCAUGAAGGCGUCGAGCCACGUUUCAGUCCGGACACCUCCGUGAUGCUGCUGAGAGAGCGUCUACUUCGCGGCAAAUCGCAGACUUCACAUCAGAAAGUGCUGGUGCGGCGUACUUUUCUCGAGCUGGAGGAGGAGGAGGAGUACAAGAUGGGUAGAGACCAGCGGCGACACAAGACCACAACUGUGUUGCCGGAGAGCUCUCCAAUCCUCGCGGCCUAA